AUGCAACUUGCUCACUUGAAAGUGGAUAAGACUGUUUUCUUUUCUUGCAUGAGGGUUAGUGAUAAUGGGAAUGGGUUAGAAUUCAUUGAAUUUGUGGUUCUUAUAGGAUAUUCAUCACCUGCUGAAUCUGGAAUCCUAGAAGAUUUGGACAUAUCUGUGGCAGCAUAUUCAGUUUUUGGUUCAUCAUUGACUAUUGGAGGAGUGAUUGGUGGAUUAGUAAGUGGAAGGAUUGCAGACCUUUUUGGUCGGAAAGGUGCAAUGUGGUUCUCUGAAAUCUUCAGCUUGGUAGGGUGGCUCGCCAUUGCAUUUGGAAAGAACAUUUGGUGGCUCGAUCUUGGGAGACUUUCAUUGGGAAUUGGCAUUGGAAUUUUUUCCUAUGUGGUACCUGUAUACAUUGCAGAAGUAACACCUAAAAAUCUUAGGGGACCAUUUGCAUCAGCUAACGAGUUGCUCCUAGCUUGUGGUGUUUCACUAAUGUAUUUCAUCGGAAAUAUCAUUACCUGGCGUACCCUAGCAUUAAUAGGUACUACUCCAUGUCUUGUACAACUAAUGGGAUUAUUCUUCGUUCCAGAGUCUCCUAGAUGGCUGGUGGGUCCAAAUAUCUUGAUGGGAAUGUAAUUUAUAUGUUGUUUUAAUUUUGUGACUAAAAGAAGACGAUUUAGAA